AUGGCAUCUCAGUUCUACAAGGAGCCCGAAUUUGAGACUCUACAGCUUCAUGCGGGUCAAGAGCCUGACCCGACGACGAAUGCGCGGGCCCCUCCUAUUUAUGCCACCACUAGUUUCGUGUUCAAUAACUCCCAGCACGGUGCGGAUUUGUUCGGGCUGAGGGCCCUUGGGAACAUAUACUCCCGAAUCGGAAACCCCACUCUAGAAGUGUUCGAGAAGCGUAUGGCCGCGCUCGAGGGCGGUGUAGCCGCGGUCGCCGCGUCAAGUGGUCAAGCCGCUCAGUUUAUGGCAAUAGCCACUAUUGCUGGUGCAGGCGACAAUAUUGUCUCUACAUCUUACCUGUAUGGCGGAACCUACAACCAGUUCAAAGUCUUCCUCAAGAAGUUUAACAUCGGUGUGAAGUUUGUUGAAGGCGACGCACCCGCGGACUUCGCUAAGGCUAUCGAUGAGCACACGAAAGCCAUCUACGUUGAGAGUAUUGGAAAUCCGAAGUACAACGUAGCACCCUUACCCGAGCUUGCCGAGGUCGCACAUGCGCACGGUAUCCCCCUGGUCGUCGACAAUACGUUUGGAAUGGGGGGUUACCUCGUCCGACCGAUUGAGCACGGUGCAGAUAUCGUCGUACACAGCGCCACAAAAUGGAUUGGUGGUCACGGUACCACGAUCGCAGGGGUGGUCGUCGACUCUGGAAAAUUCGACUGGGCGCGUUCCGGCAAAUUCCCCUCCUUCACGGAGCCCUCGGAGGGCUACCACGGCUUGAAGUUCACCGAGUCAUUCGGACCCCUCGCGUUCGCGAUCAAAUGCCGAGUCGAGGUGCUGCGUGACCUCGGUUCGACGCUGAAUCCGUUUGCCGCAUUCCUCUUGCUGCAAGGCCUCGAGACUCUCAGUCUUCGUGGCCAGAGGCAUUCGGAAAAUGCCCUCCUCUUGGCAGAAUGGCUUGAGCAGCACCCGAAAGUUGCUUGGGUCUCCUACCUCGGUCUCGAGUCUCAUCCCUCUCACAAGAUUGCGAAGCGCCUCCUGCGACCCAACACAUACGGGGGUGUCCUGAGUUUCGGCGUGAAGGGUGACGCGAAGGUUGGCAGCACAGUCGUCGACAACCUCAAGCUAGCGAGUAACCUAGCCAACGUCGGUGAUGCGAAGACCCUGGUCAUUCACCCUGCUUCUACGACGCACCAGCAGCUCACCAACGAGGAGCAGCUCGCGUCGGGUGUCACUCCCGACCUUAUUCGCGUGUCAGUUGGGAUUGAGAACAUCAGUGAUAUCAUUGCCGACUUCUCCGAAGCAUUGAAGCACGCACCUGCUCAGUAA